UCAAGCUACUGGAUGGAAACACAUUUGUGUCAUGUGAGUAGACAUGACAGAAACCGCUCUCUUUAAAUUAUUUGUGGCAAUAGUGGUCACAUUCAUUUUAGCCCUGCCGGAAUUUUUCAAGACACCAAAAGAGAGAACACAAGAGCUCACCUGCUGGGAAGUGUGUUUACUACCCAAUCUCACCUAUUCACUUCCCUCCUUCAAUUUUUCUUCUGUGGCUUCUCUGCAACCGGCAGAGGAAACACAGACUGUUAUGGGAAUCUUUCCAAACUACUCCAGUUACCACGGCUUUGCUGAGAUUUGCCAAGGCAUCACAAGUGGAUUUCCGAUGUGCUCUUUGUGUUUGGUUUGCAAAUCCAACGGAGAUUUCACUUCUCAGGAACAAACAUCGAAAGGUCUUAUCAUGAGGGGAUCGGUGGAGGUGAAGGCAAAUGACAUUGACUCACCUUGUCAACAUUUCAACGUCACUGUCGCUCUUCUAGUUGACGCCAUGAAGGAAUACAACACUACCUGCACCCCUGAAACCCACCCUGGAAAAUCCACAACUGUAGAAGAGCCAACCAGGGAGGAUUCUCUGAACCACACUUGCAGAAUUAUGGGAAACUCGAGUACUUGUACUCACAUUUCCAUGAGCCUAGAAAUGGCUGUGAAACCUGUCACUUGUUCUGUGAAGAUCAUGUGGUACAUUUUAGUGCUGUUAGUUUUUAUGGUCGGCAUCAUCCUCAUCAUCCACAAAAUACUUGAGGACCACAGGAGAGAGCAGAGGUGGCAGAGUCAUAAAUCCAAAUCUACAGCCUCUCUCUUAAGAGGAAAUGACUCUGCGAAGCUGAGCACGUUGAAUGUGAGGGUUAUCCCAGAGUCUACUCGAAGGUUGCCCUCAGCAGCGCAGUUCGUGGAGGUGCUCCCCCCUAUACCAGAACUCGAAGUCACUUCUGCAGAGCCCCAGCAAGAUCAAUACACACGAUGAGACGCUGCACAAGGGCAGGGAACAUACCCGAUUCUGCGCACUGGAGCAUCUGGGCCGGCUGGUAUUGUAUUUAGUUCACAGUAGGGUCUUCAUACAUUUUGUCUGGAUGAAGAACCAUUUAUGAAGCUCUCACCAAAUGCUGACACGAGACACGUGCUUGCCGCCAGUUCACAAGGACAUACAGGAGCUGUUUUCCCCAGGGAGCUCGGAUGGAUGGACGAAGCUCACUAAUCUGCCUUCCUCCUCAGGGCGGCCUCCUUGUGUUCCUCCUCCAUGCACUUCAGGCAGAGGUAGCCAAAGGGAGCAGGGCAGAUGGAAGACUGCCUGAGAGAGGAGGCUGUAGCCAAGCUCACCGUUGCAGCUGCUCUUCUGGGAGAGCAAGGGUCUGGGUAGAAUGCAUCUCACAGGACACUUUGGAUGGUGAUUGCUCCCGACAUCUCCCAGAGCCUAAGGACUCUGCUUCCAUCUCCACUCAACUAAGGCGAGCUAAAAUAAACUCAUUGUCCUUAACGUCUUCAGAAUUCAUGACUUCCUAUAGCUAACACUGACCUUGGCCUUUAGUGUGUUAUGAGUUUGACUGAAUUCACGCCAUGGACUUCGCAUGUAGUUUAGACCUUCACUGAACCAUAGCUGUCUAUGACCCAGACUUCUUUGCUAAACUGUGAGUAGGGGAGCCAUGACCCAGUGACAGGGACUCACUUCUUCCUGCUCUGUUCCUUACUUGAAGUCCUCAGUUCUGGCUGAUGAUAAAUGAGAUGCAAAGUCAUUAAAUGGUUACUUAUAAGGGGAUAGGAUUGCAGAUUUACACACCAGGGUCUUCUAACACGACAAU